UCUUUAAAUGAGCGUUGUAGAACGUCACUUUUACGCGACCUCAUCUUUGUCAGUGCACAAAAUGGCGCCUUACAGCCUACUGGUGACCCGGUUACAGAAAGCCCUGGGUGUGCGGCAGUACCAUGUGGCUUCAGUCCUGUGCCAACGGGCCAAGGUGGCGAUGAGCCACUUUGAGCCCAAUGAGUAUAUCCGCUAUGACCUGCUAGAGAAGAACAUUAACAUUGUUCGAAAACGACUGAACCGGCCUCUGACCCUGUCAGAGAAGAUUGUGUAUGGACACCUGGAUGACCCUGCCAACCAGGAGAUCGAGCGGGGCAAAACGUACCUUCGGCUACGGCCUGACCGGGUGGCCAUGCAGGACGCUACCGCCCAGAUGGCCAUGCUGCAGUUCAUCAGCAGUGGGCUGCCCAAGGUGGCCGUGCCAUCAACCAUCCACUGCGACCAUCUGAUUGAAGCCCAGCUUGGGGGUGAGAAAGACCUAAAACGGGCCAAGGACAUAAACCAGGAAGUCUAUAAUUUCUUGGCAACUGCGGGUGCCAAGUACGGUGUGGGCUUCUGGAGGCCUGGAUCUGGCAUCAUUCACCAGAUCAUUCUGGAAAACUAUUCCUAUCCUGGGGUACUUCUGAUUGGCACUGACUCCCACACUCCCAAUGGUGGUGGCCUGGGAGGCAUCUGCAUUGGAGUUGGGGGCGCUGACGCGGUGGAUGUCAUGGCUGGGAUCCCCUGGGAGCUCAAGUGUCCCAAGGUGAUUGGUGUGAAGUUGACGGGCUCCCUUUCCGGUUGGACCUCGCCCAAAGAUGUGAUCCUGAAGGUGGCAGGCAUCCUCACAGUGAAAGGCGGCACGGGCGCUAUUGUGGAAUACCACGGUCCUGGCGUAGAGUCCAUCUCCUGCACUGGCAUGGCAACAAUCUGUAACAUGGGUGCAGAAAUCGGAGCCACCACCUCAGUGUUCCCGUACAACCACAGGAUGAAGAAAUACUUAAGCAAGACAGGCCGUGAAGACAUUGCCAAUCUAGCUGAUGAAUUCAAGGACCACUUGGUGCCGGACCCUGGCUGCCAGUAUGACCAACUGAUUGAAAUUAACCUCAACGAGUUGAAGCCGCAUAUCAACGGGCCCUUCACUCCUGAUCUGGCUCACCCUGUGGCCGACGUGGGCGCUGUGGCAGAGAAGGAAGGGUGGCCCCUGGACAUCCGAGUGGGUCUGAUUGGCAGCUGUACCAAUUCAAGUUACGAGGACAUGGGGCGCUCUGCAGCUGUGGCCAAGCAGGCGCUGGCCCACGGGCUCAAGUGCAAGUCCCAGUUCACCAUCACGCCGGGCUCCGAGCAGAUCCGCGCCACCAUCGAGCGGGACGGCUACGCAAAGAUUCUGAGGGAUGUGGGUGGCGUCGUCCUGGCCAAUGCGUGCGGCCCUUGUAUUGGCCAGUGGGACAGGAAGGACAUCAAGAAGGGGGAGAAGAACACAAUUGUCACCUCCUACAACAGAAACUUCACCGGCCGCAACGACGCCAACCCUGAGACCCAUGCCUUCGUCACAUCCCCAGAGAUCGUCACCGCCUUGGCCAUUGCAGGAACUCUCAAGUUCAACCCGGAAACUGACUUCCUGACGGGCAAGGAUGGCAAGAAGUUCAAGCUUGAGGCUCCCGAUGCGGAUGAGCUUCCCAGAGCGGAGUUCGACCCCGGCCAGGACACCUACCAGCACCCCCCCAAGGACAGCAGUGGGCAGCGGGUGGAAGUGAGCCCCACCAGCCAGCGCUUGCAGCUCCUGGAGCCCUUUGACAAGUGGGAUGGCAAAGACCUGGAGGACCUGCAGAUCCUCAUCAAGGUCAAGGGGAAGUGUACCACUGACCACAUCUCAGCUGCUGGGCCCUGGCUCAAGUUCCGUGGGCAUCUGGACAACAUCUCCAACAACCUGCUCAUCGGUGCCAUCAACAUUGAAAAUGGCAAGGCCAACUCGGUUCGCAACGCCGUCACCCAGGAGUUUGGCCCUGUCCCCGACACUGCCCGUUACUACAAGAAACAUGGUAUCCGGUGGGUGGUGAUUGGAGAUGAGAACUACGGUGAGGGCUCAAGCCGGGAACACGCGGCCCUGGAACCUCGCCAUCUUGGUGGCCGGGCCAUCAUCACCAAGAGCUUCGCCAGGAUCCAUGAAACCAACCUGAAGAAGCAAGGCCUCCUGCCCCUCACCUUUGCGGACCCUUCUGACUACAACAAGAUCCACCCUGUGGACAAGCUGACCAUUCAGGGCCUGAAGGACUUUGCCCCUGGCAAGCCCCUAAAAUGUGUCAUCAAGCACCCCAACGGGACCCAGGAGACCAUCCUCCUGAAUCACACCUUCAACGAGACCCAGAUUGAGUGGUUCCGUGCGGGCAGCGCUCUGAACAGGAUGAAGGAGCUACAGCAGUAAGGAUGGGCCACACUGCCCAGCCCGCGGCCCCCGGCCCCCGCGCUGCUGUUACACAGCGGCCCCUCAUCCAUCAGCAGAGUCGGACCUGGCCCUUCCAGCAUGGCUUCCUGCUCCAGGAUGGUGUGACCAGACACUCUGUUCUCCCCACCUCAGCCCACCCACGGUGCGAGGAGGAACCCAUGCUGGGGGACCCUUUAAUCUCCUAGCCUCUGCCUUCCCCCAUUUAGUUUGGUUCAGAUCUUGAGCAGCCUCAUGCAACUAUAUUUAUUUUUGAUGACAACACUCCCCUCUAAAAAAGUUUUUAUUCUGCCUUAUCAUUUCAUUGAUGGUUGAAGGAUUUAGAGAACCAUCUCUU